CCGAGAGGCCGAGAAGGGCCGCGGUUCUCUUCGCGGCUGGGGUACGUCUGGAGGGCUUGGCGAUCGUGGCUGGAGCUCCGCGUCCUCGUGGUGAGUUGUGGUGUGACCCUUAAUGCUUGUAGCACGCAGGUGUGUCUGUGUGCCUUUUGGCUGUGCCAGCUUGUGCUUUAGCUGCUGGGUGUGUAGACGCUAGCGAAAUGAUGAUGCCUCCCUGCAAAAUACAGAGCUCUAGUUCAUGCUCUCUUCUGCAGCUGUGUUGUUGUGCUGCAUGGCCAGCAGUGCCUCGAGUAAGCUGUAACUGGUAGUUCAACCUUCAGAUGUAACUGUGCUAGUUGGUCCUCCUUAGUCUGGUUCACUUUGAAGAUGCUGCUCUUAAGUGCCAGGGGAUGACUGCCAAUACCUUACUAUAGCUCAUGAUACAAUAAGGCUAUAACGCGUGUUUUAAGGUGCCACUAUGAUAACAGUAGAGCAAAGACUUACUUAAAAGCUGUAGAGUUUAAUGAAUUAUCUUGAGUUAUCUAGAAUGGAAUGGCAUAGUGUGUUUUUUUUUUUUUUUUAAGUGAGGGGGCUUGGCAUCUGCUGAUCAGACUCCUGUACACAAAGGAUGAACUGUUUCUGUCAAGCCUGUCCUUCUGUCCUUAAGUCCCAAGUGCAUUUAUACUGGAACAAACUGUGAAGAUCAGGGAAAUAUACCAGGGAAUUAAGUGAAAGUGUCCAGGACUCAUGCUCAUGAGGAAGCAUUGUGAAGGCCAUUUAAUAACCUAAUAGUUUGGAAUUCCUAUUCUCUGUCAGUGGGCACAGAAACAACAACCCCAAAAACCUGCAAGGAGAUAUUCAUCUUCUGUCAUAGAAUGGGUGGGAGAAAAACUGUUUGCUAUUUCUCUACUGUAACAAUCUUGAUGCUUGCAAACAUAUUUAUGUGAUAGGUUGGGAUUACUUAAAACUUCAUUAAAUGUUUGUGGAGUAGACUUAACUGUUGUCUGAUAAUGAGAAGGAAUACUUGCCUCCAAAUAAGCUUGAACAACUUAAACCAUUACAAUAGAGCACUAAGAGGUGCUUGAAGUGUACCACUAGGCUAUCUAACUUUAAUCUUGAGUUAGGUAUAGAGACCUAUCUUGGGGUUUUGAGGGUGGAAUUUCUUCUAUAUGGCCCCUCUUUAUUUUAUUUAUUUAAACACAUAUUACUUUCCUGCCUACAGUCUGUUCCCAGGAUUUCUAAUCCAUUAGAUUAGAAUUUGGUUAGCUAGUAUUGUUGGAGAGCAGAAAAAAGGCGAGGAUUAUCUUGUUUAUGAUAGCACGGUUGUUACAUGAAUGGUACAUGAAUUGUUUUAUUUUUCUGUUUCCAUCAAGGUUGAAGGGAGGAAAGAAAAUAUUUAUUUGCCUUUUGUGUUUAAAAUUAUCUUUAAUACAUAAUGAUGUACAGACUACAUUUUUGGAGUUUUUUUUCAACACCCAGUCGGUGAAGCUCAGUGCAACCUGAUCACACUGUUUUGAGAAGGCAGUUGAACUAAAUAAGUUUCUGAAGUCUCUUCCAAUAAUAUGGAUUCACAGAAGGAUGUUCAGCCUCCAAAGCAGCAGCCAAUGAUUUACAUUUGUGGAGAAUGUCAUACAGAAAAUGAAAUAAAGGCAAGAGAUCCCAUCAGAUGCCGCGAAUGCGGGUACAGAAUUAUGUACAAGAAAAGGACAAAGAGAUUGGUGGUUUUUGAUGCCCGGUGAUGUGAGCUGAAGAUAUAUUGAUUAUUAUGCUGCAGUUUAUUAUUUCUGACUUUGUUCUGUAAAUCUAUUAACGUACAAAUGCAUAGUUUUGUUUUGAGAUAUUAAAAUAUUAAACUUCACUUAGUAUUUUUUGUCUGUACUACUACAGGUUUCUAAAACUGACUUAAAUUUUAGUCAGAGUACGUAGAAGUCUGUUAAAUUCAUUGGUAUUGUAUUUGGUUUUGAGUUAAUCUUGUUUUCAUGGCUCUCAUCUAAACCUUACUUGCAUCUUAACUUUAUUAAAUGCUCUGGACUCCUAUGAACUGCAUAAAAUCUUGGUUUGAAUAAGUUCCAAUAGAAAUAAAUUGAAGGGUAUGUAAAGGUAGGUCUGAAACACAGAUUUGGAUUUCAAAAGAGCAAGUAUCAAAGGACUUGAGAGCAUCCAAUUUGGUAUAAAAAUUACAAAGCAUGUGUAAACAAAUUUCCAACCAGUGUGACUUGGUUGUACUCAAGAAAAGAAGGAGGAUUGUAGUUGAAAGAUACCCUGGGUAAGGGUCCCAAAGCUAAAAUAAUACCACUUUGCUUUUCAGAUGACUUUUUGUGAGUCUGUAAUAAAAAGUGCUUGUUUUGUAUUUAUUAGCCAGAACUAUGCAUCUGUUUGUUCAGAAAGUGUUACGUGUUACUAAAAUACCCUUAUUACUGAAGAGUAUUAUAAAAUACUGCCGGAUUGUGUCUGAUACUAAUUUACCCUAUUGAAAUGGUAGGGUAAAUUAUUAUUUUGAUAAUAGUGCCAGUGGUGCUUUUAAUAAUGACAUAACAGGUUUAACUUCCUAUCAAUAUAGCAAGAUACCUUUCUUAUGGAAUAUAUGGUCAUAUACUGACUGGUUCAUAAAUGAACUAUAGUCGGUUGUUCUAGGAAAUGGGAUUUUAAAAAAAUUUACAGCCAUUUUAUUUUCUUGGCUAUCUUAACAGAUCGUUCCUGUUAAUAAAUUUGUCUAGGAUUUCCCUUGGAAAAUCAUUCAGCAGGGUGAUGUUUUUGCAAUAAAGUUUCAGUUUGAGUUUUA